AUGGCCACCUGGGGUCCCCGGGGUGGAGGGGACGAUGAAGAGAGCAGAGGACGGAAGACUCAGGACCCCCGCUCCGGGUCUGUCCCCUCCUGGGAAGAAGUCCGGGACCCCCGGGGGUGGUACACCCGCUCAGGGAUCGGGCAGGGGUCCCGCAGGCCCAGGAACCGGACUCUGGCGCCCCUUAGUGGACAGGAGGUGGUAUCUCCCAGUUUGAGCUCUGCUGUCACCGCCGUCGAGCGCUUGGCCUCCAUGGUGCGGCGGGUAGCCGAGAGCGGGGUACACCAAGAGGGCCGCGUUCCUGGCUUCAUCGGGGCUGUGCUGGCUGCUGGGCCGCCCUGCUUGGGCCUGCUGCCCCUGCUGGGCUGGAACUGCGUGUGCUCCUUCCAGAGCUGCUCCGCCCUGCUCCCGCUCUACUCCAAGGCCUACAUCCUCUUCUGCGUGGUCAUCUUUGCCGGGAUCCUGGCCACCAUCAUGGUGCUCUACGGGGCCAUCUUCCGGGUGGUGCGGGCCAAUGGGCAGAAGGCCUCGCGCCCCCCGUGCCGCCGCAAGGCCCGCCGGCUGCUCAACACGGUGCUCAUGAUCCUGGUGGCUUUCGUGGUCUGCUGGGGCCCCCUCUUCGGUCUGCUGCUGGCCGACAUCUUCGGCUCCAACAUCUGGGCGCAGGAGUACCUGAGGGGCAUGGACUGGAUCCUGGCGCUGGCUGUGCUGAACUCGGCGGUCAACCCGCUCAUCUACUCCUUCCGCAGCCGGGAGGUGUGCCGGGCGGUGCUGGGCUUCCUCUGCUGCGGGUGCCUCAGGCUGGGCCUGCGAGGGCCUGGGGACUGCCUGGCCCGGGCCGUGGAGGCCCAUUCUGGAGCCUCCACCACGGACAGCUCGCUGAGGCCCAGGGACAGCUUCCGGGGCUCCCGGCCGCUCAGCUUUCGGAUGCGGGAGCCCCUGACUAGCAUCUCCAGCGUGAGGAGCAUCUGAGCCACGGUGGGGGAACGUGGUCCGGCCGCCAGGUGCAGGCCCACGCAGGCCCCCCUCCUGCCCUGGACGAGGCCCAGGAGGGGCGGGCCAGGGGCCUGGGAGCAUGCAGGGAGGCACCAGGCAGUGGAGGGAGAGGACGGAACAGGGCAGCCAGCCAGGGGUCCCAAGGCCCCGUGGUCCUCCUCGCCGUCCCCAAGUCUGCUGAUGCCAAAGAGGCAACCGCUCAUCGGAACAGAGGGCGCCCUGGAGUGGGGACAGAUGGGGUGACUAUGUGUGCCCCAGUUCCUGUGUGACUCUGGGGAAAUCCGGGCUCCUUUCUGGGCCUCCAUGGGGCUCCCAGGCAACAAGGGGCAGCCUGUGGAAUUGAUGACGGUGGAAUUGACAACAUGGAAGUUCAGUGAUGGUAUGAGAUGUCUCCGCCUCCCUCUUAUUCACGUUUUUGCAGAGGGAGGAUGGCACGAGGGCUGUGGGGCGGCCAGGAGCCUGCAAGGAGGCAUGUUGGUGGCCAGGGAAGGCCUU